AUGGCGGCUCUGAGGAUUUCAUCGCUUCCUUCUCGUUCCAUCAUCUCUGUGUCCGGUUCUCUUCUCUCCCGAGGGAGGAAUGCUUGCAUGGGCAGAGAAACCUCGACAUAUAGCACUGUUAGCCAAGCUGCUAUUGUUGAGGAGCCAAUCCGAUCACCCGUGAGUGUCCAUCAUACUCAACUUCUUAUAGAUGGAGACUUUGUGGAUGCAGCAUCUGGAAAAACAUUUCCAACCUUGGACCCUAGGACAGGGGAGGUUAUCGCUAAUGUUGCCGAAGGUGGUGCGGAAGACAUCAACCGGGCAGUCUCUGCAGCUCGCAAGGCUUUCGAUGAAGGACCGUGGCCUAAAAUGACUGCUUACGAAAGGUCGCGGAUACUGUUGCGCUUUGCUGAUUUAAUUGAAAAGCAUAACGAUGAAAUUGCAGCACUUGAGACCUGGGACUGCGGGAAGCCAUACGAACAGAGUGCCAAAAGUGAAAUACCAAUGUUGGCACGCUUAUUUCGGUAUUAUGCUGGUUGGGCUGAUAAAAUCCAUGGUCUCACAGUACCAGCUGAUGGACCCUAUCAUGUGCAAACCCUUCACGAGCCUAUUGGUGUUGCCGGCCAGAUUAUCCCCUGGAACUUUCCUCUUCUCAUGUAUGCUUGGAAAGUUGGGCCUGCAUUAGCAUGCGGCAACACUGUCGUUCUAAAGACAGCAGAACAGACACCAUUGUCUUCUCUCUAUGUUUCAAGGCUCUUCCAAGAGGCUGGGCUUCCUUCAGGAGUUCUAAACGUGGUUUCCGGUUUUGGUGACACUGCUGGUGCAACUCUAGCCAGUCAUAUGGACGUGGACAAGAUUGCUUUCACUGGAUCAACCGUCACUGGAAGACGUAUUCUUGAAUAUUCAGCCAAAAGCAACCUUAAGGCGGUGACAUUGGAGCUUGGGGGAAAAUCUCCCUUCAUUGUAUGUCAGGAUGCUGAUGUAGAUAAGGCUGUGGAACUGGCUCAUUUUGCUCUAUUCUUUAACCAGGGACAAUGUUGUUGUUCUGGCUCUCGUACAUAUGUACAUGAGCGUGUGUAUGAUGAAUUUGUAGAGAAAGCAAAAGCACUUGCUAUGAAACGUGUUGUUGGCGAUCCAUUUAAAGAUGGAACCGAACAAGGUCCUCAGAUUGAUUCCGCGCAAUUCGAGAAGAUCCUAAGCUACAUAAGGUCUGGCAUUGAUAGUGGAGCUACUCUUGAAACAGGAGGUGAGAGAUUUGGCUCCAAGGGAUACUACAUUCAGCCCACUGUUUUCUCAAAUGUUAAGGAUGACAUGUUGAUAGCUAGGGAUGAAAUUUUUGGUCCAGUGCAGUCUAUCUUAAAAUACAAAGAUCUCAAUGAUGUGAUUCGAAGAGCAAAUGCCUCUCAAUAUGGACUGGCUGCAGGCGUUUUCACACACAACAUUGAAACUGCCAGCACAUUAACUCGUGCAUUGAGGGUAGGGACAGUGUGGAUUAAUUCCUAUGAUACAUUUGAUGCGGCUAUUCCCUUUGGUGGGUACAAGAUGAGUGGGAUAGGAAGGGAAAAGGGCGAAUACAGUCUCAAGAACUACUUGCAAGUGAAGGCUGUUGUCACACCAUUGAACAACCCAGCAUGGCAAUAA